UCCAAGUUAGGAGCUUUCAGCUGCCAGCCUUGGCCCAUCAUGUAACUGCUGCGGAGAAUUCCUUGCAGUGCAAAUUUGCAAAUUUACCUGAUUUCCCGACGCACGCGGGGGGCUGUGCAUUCGCAGCGGCGCCCCGUGCACGGACGCGCGCGCUCCGGACUCGAAAAGGCUCCAAGUGCAUGAAGAUCGAGGCUUGUAUUUGUGCAUCUUUGUUGCAAAAAAAAAAAGCAAAGCCGCUGAAGCUCCAGUGCUGCUGCGAGGGCGAUGGAGGGAGGGAGUGAGAAAGAAGGCAAAGUCUUUUGUGCUUCCCCUCCCCCUCAUCAAAGCAAAGGGGAAAUGUCUCAGCCAAAGGGAGGUAAGAAGAAGCCAGCGCUCAGGCUCCCCAAGGAGGUGUUUGAGCAGCCUCCUCCUGCUGCAGGACCCCCCAGAGAUUUGGAUUCCAAAGCUUGUGUAACCAUCGGAGAGAAGAAUUUGGAGGUGAAGGCAGACGACCUGGAGAAGAUCUGCGAGCUGGGCAGAGGAGCGUACGGCGUGGUGGACAAGAUGAGACACAUGCCCAGCGGCCUGAUCAUGGCUGUGAAGCUCAUUCGGGCCACGGUGAACACUCAGGAGCAGAAGAGGCUGCUGAUGGACCUGGACAUCUCCAUGAGGACGGUGGACUGUUUCUACACGGUCACCUUCUACGGCGCUCUCUUCAGAGAGGGCGACGUCUGGAUCUGCAUGGAGCUGAUGGACACCUCCCUCGACAAGUUCUACAAGCAGGUGAUCGAGAAGGGCAUGACCAUCCCCGAGGACAUCCUGGGAAAGAUCGCCGUCUCGAUAGUAAAAGCUUUGGAGCAUCUGCACAGCAAUCUGCAAGUCAUACACAGAGACGUGAAGCCCUCCAACGUGCUGAUCAACACUCAGGGUCAGGUGAAGAUGUGCGACUUCGGCAUCAGCGGCUACCUGGUCGACUCCGUGGCUAAAACGAUGGACGCUGGCUGCAAACCUUACAUGGCGCCGGAGAGGAUCAACCCCGAGACCAACCAGAAAGGCUACAACGUCAAAUCGGACAUCUGGAGUUUAGGAAUCACAAUGAUCGAGCUGGCGAUCCUGCGCUUCCCGUAUGACUCGUGGGGCACGCCGUUCCAGCAGCUGAAGCAGGUGGUGGAAGAACCUUCACCCCAACUUCCUGCAGACCAGUUCUCCCCCGAGUUUGUGGACUUCAGCUCUCUGUGCUUAAAGAAAGUUUCCAAAGAGCGGCCGAAUUACACAGAACUCAUGCAACAUCCCUUCUUCACCUCGCACGAGGCCAAAGAAACCGACGUGGCUAGUUUUGUCAAAGUCAUCCUGGGGGAGUGAGCUGCUACAUCUGCACAGGUGGAGAAGGUCACACAUCUGGUUUAAAAAACAAACAAAAAAUAAGAUUAAAAAGGUAAACAAACAAACAACGGCACCACUCGCUCCCCCCCCCCCCCCCUCUGAUGGACGGAGCCUGGAGGAGAAGCUGACGGAGCAGGAGUUAGGCCCCGCCCCCCCCUCCCCCCAUCUGUAUGCAAACGCUCCCCUCUUUGGUUCCAUUAGUCCCACCUGUGUGCACCGCCUACUUCUCAAACGUUGUGACUGGUCAGCGAGGUGACCCGUGUGUGUGUGUUGGACAGUCAGACUGACGGUGUGUUUGUUUCUCAGAGGAGCAGAUUCUAUAGAAAUAUGAAAGAUAUAAUAUCUAUGUAUAAUCUAAAUGUUUGUAUACUCAAAGCAAGUGUUGCAUUGGUUUAUUCAUUGAUCGCAUGUACAGAAUAUAUCAGUGAGGAGCCUCACUUCAAGGCCCUCCUAGUGGUCACUAAUAGGUACUGCACUUGAACUGCUCUCUCUUGAUUACAGCAGAGGUUCUGCUUCACGUUCUGGGCUCCGGCUGCGUGCGUGCGUGCGUGCGUGCGUGCGUGCGUGCGUGCGUGCGUGUUUGUGUGCGUGUGCGUGUGCGUGUGCGUGUGCGUGUGUGUGUGUUUGUGUGUGUGUGUGUGUGUGUGUGUCUGUAAGGCUGCACGAUUUUGAAGAAUGGACAUCAUGAUUUUCUCACAUCGUUCUGAAGGGCAACACAUUUUUUUUAAGUGUUUCCUCUGCAGUCUAGCUUUGACAGUUCUAUAUAUUUUUUUGUUAUGUCAUUCUGAUGGCCCUGCUAACUUUAUGUUGAGUUUUAAUUGCAGUAUGAUUUUUGUCCCAAAACUGCUUGAACAUUUGUGCAGAUCAGUUGUGUCAGAGGCCGGCUGGCUACAUUUAUUCCCUUCAUUUGUUUUGAUUUGGAUCGUGUCUGUUUUUCGUCGGCUAAAGAGGUUCAAAGAGAACAUUUAGCACUUUCUCGUCUGCAGGAUUCGUAUGUCCACAGCUACAUGUGUGACUUUGCAGAAGUUCUUUUUUGUCGUUUGUGUUUCAUGUCUGCAGAGGGUCUGCAGGGACCUGCAACCGACAUGCAGCCGUUAUAUAUGUGCAAAGUGCGUCCUGGAACAAACCUGGACACAUCGACUGUCUGUGCUAUCAUCAGAAUUAUAAUUUGCCCCCUGAGAACAUGCUGGUUCAUCUCUGACCCAGCAUGCAUGUUUACAUUUUACAGACACAUUACAUGCAUGUUUCUGCAGGUUCCAAAUCUCACAGCACGACACCAGUAUUACCCACAACUAGCUAACCGGCCAAUAAAACAACAUUUAGCUUAGCCGUGUUUCACCAGCUCUAAUGCAGGUGUGACAGCAUGCUAAUGCUAAUGCUAACACAUGAGUCUGCAGAGAGGUACGAGGUGAAGAUGCUACCUAAAUGUGAUCAAUCGUGCAGCCUUACUCGAGACACACACACACACACACACACACACACACACACACACACAUUACAGUGGUGUCGUGCUCGGUUGUGGGAGAAGAUGCUCGUGUUGUUGUUGUGUCCUGAGCCAAUCACAAUCCUCUCCGCGUUCAACAUGGAAAGAACUGGACAUUAUUACUUUAUGAUAAAUAUUAUAUCAGUUAUAGUUUUUAUUUUUAUUUGGAUGGAGCCCCCCCCACCCCCUCCCCCCCUCCCCCACGACAUAUUUCCUGCAGAUUAAUUUUUAUUUAUUACACCUGCUGUUUCCCCUCUGAACACUUGACCAUCGAUGCACCUGACUCUUGUCUCGUGUGUGUGUGUGUGUGUGUGUGUGUGUGUGUGUGUGUGUGUGUGUGUGUGUGUGUGUGUGUGUGUGUGUGUGUGUGUGUGUGUGUGUGUGUGUGUGUGUGUGUGUGUGUGUGUGUGUGUGUGUGUGUGUGUGUGUGUUUUUGUGUUUUUGUGUCUUUCUGGGCUCAAACGCGUCGAUGCUAAACCUGUAAACUCUCAAUGUGCCUCUCUGUAGAAAACAUUUAAGGAAAAAUAAGAUGUUGUCAUGACGACGCUGCAGGGAUCUGUUUCCCGCCUCGUCCCGCUCCGCAUGGCGUCACAGAUUCACCACCUUGUGUUCCCCCGCUGACAUGUUCCUCCUCAUCCUUCACUCUUUGCUCUCUUUCUCUCACCGUGGUGUCAAAGCGUCCGGUCCUCUCACAUGAAGCUCCGCUGACCUCUCUCGAUGUUGUGCCAGUCCUGAGUGCACGGCCGGGAAGAGGAGUGCUGUCACUGACGGUUUCUCAAUGAGUUUCUGGCACUCAAGUUCUGCUGAGGUCAUUUGGUUGUUCCUUGAAGGAGGAUUGGCGUCUGCUGUUUCUGUCGACUUUUAUGAACUUUUUUAUCAGGGUGCACUCGGCCCCUCAGCGGACUUUAGUCCCUGUGUUUGUGAGUCAGACGGUUUUUGCACCCGGGUUGAUCAGGGGCUAAUUGUUCCCGACUCGAUUGCAUAACGGUUUAUUCAAAUCGUCUGCACAGAGGCGCUGUUUGCUCUGCAGUAUUGAACCCUCUGCGUGGGCUUUAUUGUGACAUCCAGUCGUGUUUGCAGACGUUUUGGCGGUCUCUGGAGCGGACGCGGUCCUCCCUCUGAUUCAGGUCCCAGCGUCUCCAAACAAAAAGUAAAAGAUUGUUAUGAUGCCCCUAAACGGUUUCAGAUUGAGCCGCUGACGUACUACAGCAGCUUCAACACGCUGUAAACAACGAUCAGUGUCGGCUGUGUUGUUACAGCAGCUAGUUUCCUUUUAACCCUUCACCCCCCCGAUCUCCCCGACUGUCCUCCAGAUCACUCCAGAAACUUCCUAGAAGUUUUAUUUACAGACUGAAGUCGAACAAAGCUUCCUCUUUUUCUCAAGUCGCUGUGCUCUAAACCUUCUGUUUGUUCCUCUGAAACCACCAUUACCACAUUCACCACAUGACGGCUGGACGUCUCAUUUUGACACUUCCUCUUCUCCUCGGAGGGCGUGAGGCGGUCUGUCAGACACCUCUCUGUCCACAGUCAUGACUCACUCUGAGAUGGAAACGUACUCCUGAGGAAACUCUAAUGAGCCUCAGUGUUUUAUUGCAGAAUGAAAAUGAGUCAAAUUUGAAGUUUACAUUUUUCCGUCAGCAGAGUAAAAAAAAAAAAACCAGUUGGUUCAUGUGCAGAACAGCCUGUCACAGGACCGUCCCGAUCCCCUCCCUGUUCACCCGUCAGGCUGUUCCUUUUCUGUGUCAAGACCCCCCGCUGAGCCCUCUUGACUCAGAUAAUCGGCGUCAUUUUCUCUAAUGAAGUGAUUAUGAGGAGGACAGUGAGAGCUCUUGUGGAGGCGGGCUUCUGAGGACGAGUGGUUUUUUUAAGGAAGGGGGACACAGAGUGCAGACCUCCUCAGGACCCGACUGGUACAGACGAGUCGCUAUCUUUUGAUUUUUAAAUGUUCUCAAACCAAAAAGCCCAAAGACUCUUAAUUCACUCUCUUGAUGACCAAAAAAAAGCAGAAAAUCCAUCCAUUCAUUAUCUAUACGGCGUCUCCUCUUCGGGGUCGCGAGGUGUCUGGAGCUGAUCGCAGCUGUCACUGGACAAGAGGCGGGGUCACACCCUGGACUGUUCACCUGUCAAUCAAACAGGGCUGACAUAUAGAGACAGACAACCAGCCACAUCGAUGAUCAAAAUGUCACCUUUUGAAGGACGCAGCCCCUUCAUUCUAAAUGAGGUCAUAGUUAAAGUGCAUAAGAAGAAAGAAGCUCUGUAAAAAAAAAAAAAAAAGAAGAAGAAGUUGCUGAUCAAGGAAAACAAAGGAGGAAGUAAUAAAACUAAAAUAAAACAAACAUGCAAAAGAGAAAGACUUCCCAAACUUACACAAACAUCAGUUAGAGACAGAGAAGCGAUGAUGGGAUUAAUGCUGUAAAAGAAUGAGCAGAACCAACACACAUCGUGUUCUGCAUAUUAUCAUUCACAGGUCAAAAUCGAGCCACAAGGGGGCGCCAAAUACGACACAAACCGAAAAAAAUCCUCACAGGAGCUUUAAGUUUAUUUUGCAAAAGGUUGCCAGAACUCAAAGUUGCUCUAUCAUUCUUCUCUUCUGCAAACAUUUCAGACACUUCUCACAUUUCAGAAGGCUGUGAUGAGGAGUGUGUGUGUGUGUGUGUGUGUGUGUGUGUGUGUGUGUGUGUGUGUGUGUGUGUGUGUGUGUGUGUGUGUGUGUGUGUGUGUGUGUGUGUGUGUGUGUGUGUGUGUGUGUGUGUGUGUGUGUGAGCAGUGCUAUCUUCUGUUACAUGUCGCUCUCUGUGUUUUCUCUGUGAGCCUUCAUACACGUCUGCUUGCAUGUUGGGUGUUUUCCCGCUCGCGCUCUAUUUGCGUCUCAUGGUCACCUGCUGAGUAAAACCUCUGGGGGGGGGAAGGAUGUCCAAGUGGAAACUGACCUUUACGGUUCCGAUGAUUCUCACAUCCCAUCACGACUCCCCCCCUCUUAACCUCUCUGAGUCUGUCUGAACACGUUUGUUCCUGGAUGGUGAGUUAGCAACAUCCCAGUUUUUCAGGAGCUGAUUUUACUGGAACACUUUUCUCUUUAAAGGGUUAAAUAGAAAUGUAAGCUUGAAUCAGAGGAAAUUCAGCUCACCUUCCUCCUCAUCCUCAAAUUGUGUCAGACAAAAUAUCUCAACGCCCCGUGUUUGAAACUUCCCGUCCCAAAGCCCCCUCACACAUGAUGAUCUGUCUGUGUGUGUGAGCCGUGCUGAGCUUUCUUGAACGCUUCAUUUGUAAUCCACCUGCUGCACAACGUCUCGCUCUCUCUCUGAGCUUUCUGGAGGUCGGCGUGGAGCUUUGGGUGUCUCUGUGGUAAACCGCUGGAACACACAGCUGUAUGUGACUCUGACGAUGCCGUGUUGUGUUCUUCUUAUCGGGGGGGGGGGGGGGGGGUUGUUAUAAUGUCAAAAGUGCAUUGCCCCAUGGGAAGUGAAGUUCUCACCUUUAUGUACACAUCUCUAAAGCCUCUGCUAAAGACUGAUGACUGUUUAUUUAGAGCUCAAUGAAUUUCUAUGAAUAUUUGAGGUUGCUCGGUAUGAUUAUGUGCAAUUGUUAACGAUGGAAAUUCAAUAAAGAAAGAGGUAUUUUUACACAA